AUGGCUGUGCAUUUCUUACCACGUGCUCCAUCUCGUUUUGCUGUCAUCUCCCUGUUUUUGGUGUGCCUACCCCCAUUGUGCACGGGCUUGUCCGACCAGGUGGUUAUCGUGUCGGCAUUUUCUGCUGCGAUGACAGAUCUGAGCGUGGAAGAUCCUUCUCUUUCCCCGUCAACUGCGUGUGAUCCCCUCUCCGCCAACGGCAGCUGUGCCAGCACACUGCAAUCGUUGCUUCAGCUGAAGCAGGGCCAUUUCCGAGAUGCCGCUGAAGCACUGACACUCGCGGUCCAUGCUUCCUUCCUCGAUAGCGGUUUCACGCCUCUCUAUGGCCAUACUAACGUUCGCGGUGAAUUUUUGACCGAAGGACGGGACAGUUCUGAAGCAGUGGACUCGCCGCUUGAAGUGAGCACAUCGCACGGAGACUACGUCCGCUUGGCAGAUGGCCGCGUGGCUCAGGUGGUUUAUGACCCCGCUGCCUUCCAUCUCGACGAGAAACCGUCUACUUCUCCUGAGUACACUCUGAGUUACUCUCGGCGACGGGGGCUCGAGGAGUUGACCGGGAAAAAAAAGCCAGAGUGGCGCGUGCAGAUUCGAUGCGCAGUGGCUGGUUUUGCUCUUACUGUAAGCGCUAGGGAUGAAGCCACAGGGGACGAGUUUUUGGCCGCGGAGUUUCCUCUCGAGGCUGCAGCUUCCAUCUUAGAGCUCGACACACAGGGACGAGGCGGCAGACCAAGAGACAGCACCCCCGGUAGGGGAAAAGAAGACGACACAGAGAACGAGGGAAGAUCGAAUCUGAAGCAAUCUACCAAGGGACUGCUUGCGUCCAUCGAAUCCCGUCUGAUUUCCCCUCUCGUUCGCGCUCUCGCGCCGUGCGCCAAGAUGAACCCGACAGACCGCGGCGGCGCCGCGAAGCCGCCACCGGAAGGCUCAACCUCGUCAGCGCUUUCGCACGCUAGCCCCGAGCUGCCCACCUCGUCUCUUUCUCCGCCCUCCUCGCUCCCGCACGCAGGAGGCCCGUCUGUUGGGGGGCAAGACCUGCGCGCUCCAGGGCUUCCUGACUCGACGCGACGACCUGAAGAAGCCUUUCCACCCCGUCCCGACCAAGAAGAGGGCGGCACGCAUGUGGGUCCACGGCACCCGUUCUUCUUUGGAGACGAGCCGGGGGGGCGUGACCGCCUGCCCAUGCCCCCCCUUCCUGAGGGCUUCGUCCCCGGCGCGCGCUACGACCCCAUCGGCCCCUUCGGCGUGGAGCCCAAUCCGGACCACGAACGGCCUCCGCGCUGGGACAACCGCGGCGACCUAGAUCCUACAGGGAGGAGCCCUUUCGGCUCAGCCUUUGGGAAUUUCCCGGGGGGACGAUUCGGCGGAGGCGGCGGAGGCUUCGGCGGGGGGUUCAUCUAA